AUGGCGCUGGCGGUGCGCGUGGCUGUGGCGCUGACUCUGGUGUCGAGCGCGGCGGCGGCAUGCGGCGCGCUGCCGGCGGGCUGCGCGUGCGGCGAGGCGGGCGCCCGCCUGCGCUGCCGCGCCGCCGCGCUGCGCCGUCUGCCGCCGCUGCACGCCCGCCUGCUGGAGCUGGACGUGUCCGACAACAACAUCACUACGCUGCCCCCGGAAGCGCUGCAGCCCGCCGCCGCGCUGCGCGACCUGAACCUGUCGGCCAACCGGCUAGAGCAGGGCGUGGCGGCGGGCGCGCUGAGCGGGCGCGCGCUGGCGCGGCUGUGGCUGGACCGGUGCGCGCUGCGCCAGCUACCGCGCGCCGCCUGGCCAGCCUUGCUGCUGCUGUCGGUGGCGGACAACGAGCUGGAGGCGCUCGCGGAGGACGAGCUGAACGGCGCGCGCGGGUUGCGCGUCCUGCGCGCGCCCGGCAACCGGCUGCGCUCGCCGCCUGCCGCGCUCCUCGGCACGCCGCGCCUGCAGGCGCUGACGGAAUUGUAUAAGGAACAUUGCAACAGAAAUAAAUUUAUAGGAGGAGAGGCGCGGGUCGCACGCACGAGUACUAUACAUUCGGACCUGGGCGGCAACCUGCUGACCGCGCUGCCCGCUGCCGCGCUGCCGCCGCUGCCCGCGCUGCACACGCUAGUGCUGCGGCGCAACCGCAUCGCGUACAUCGACGAGAGCGCCUUCAUCAACACACCGGCGCUACGCGUGCUGCGGCUGGAGGACAACCUGCUGACUGAGCUGCCGGCUGCCGUGCACCGCCUGCCGCUGCUCGAGGACCUGUCGGUGGCGCGCAACCGAGUGGAGCGCGUGGGCGCGGGCCUGAGGGCGUGCGCGCGUCUGGCUCGGCUCGAUCUGCGCGCCAACCCGCUGACGGCGCUGGCGCCGCGCGCGCUCGACCACCUGCCGCGCCUACACACGCUGGAGCUGUCUGAUGCUCGCGGGCUGCGCGAGUUGCCGGCGCUGGUGGGCGCGGCGCGGUUGCGCACGCUGCGCGUCGACCGCGCACGUCUCGCCGCCUUGCCGCGCUCCCUGUGCCGCCACGCGCCGCAGCUGCGCGCCCUGGAGCUGCGCGGCAACCUGCUGGACAGCGUGCCCGACCUGCGCGAGUGUGCGGAGCUGCGCGUGCUGUCGCUGUCGGACAACGGUGUGCGGGCGCUGGGCGGCGGCGCGCUGCGCGGUCUGCGGCACCUGCUGGACCUGCAGCUGGCGCGCAACCGACUGCGGCGCCUGCCCGCCGACGCCUUCGUGCACACGCCGCGCCUGCAGCUGCUGGACGUGGAGGGUAACCAGAUCGAGUACAUCGACUCCGAGGCGUUCCAGCCGCUCGAGGGACUGGAGGAUCUCAACGUGGGCAACAAUGUGUUCCCGUGGCUACCGGCGGGCGGGCUGCGCCGGCUGCUGCACCUCAAGGCUCACAACAACCCCAACCUGCGCCGCUUCCAUCCCCCGGAACUCUUUCCCAGGAUACAGACGUUGGUGCUGUCGUACGCGUACCACUGCUGCGAGUUCAUGCCGCUGGCGGGGGCGGGGGCGGGGGCGGGGGCAGCGGACGGCGCGGGGCGGGGGCAGGAGAGCGGCGAGGAGGAGGAGGAGGAGGAGGAGGGCGGCGGCGGGUUCAGCGACCUGGUGUUGGUGCCGGCGCAGCGCGUGGACGCCGCCGCCUGGGGCAACGCCACCGACAUCUGGCCGCACUACCGGCCGUUCCUGCCGUGCGUGGACCUGUUCGACUGGUGGACGCUGCGCUGCGGCGUGUGGGCGGUGUUCCUGCUGGCGCUGCUGGGCAACGGCACCGUCGUGUUCGUGCUCGUGUUCAGCCGCAGCCGCAUCGACGUGCCGCGCUUCCUCGUCACCAACCUCGCCGCCGCGGACUUCUUCAUGGGCAUCUACCUAGGGUUCCUGGCCGUGGUGGACGCGGGCACGCUGGGCGAGUUCCGCGCGCACGCCAUCUCGUGGCAGAUGUCGGCCGGCUGCCGGCUGGCGGGCUUCCUGGGCGUGCUGUCCUCCGAGCUGUCGGUGUACACGCUGGCCGUCAUCACGCUGGAGCGCAACUACGCCAUCACGCACGCCAUGCACCUGAACAAGCGGCUGUCGCUGCGCCACGCGGCCGCCGUCAUGGGCGCCGGCUGGGCGUUCUCGCUGGUGGCCGCCGCGCUGCCGCUGCUCGGCGUCAGCGACUACCGCAAGUUCGCCGUGUGUCUGCCAUUCGAGACCGGCUCCCCCGCGGCGCUCGGUUACGUGGUGGCGCUGCUGGCCGUCAACGGGCUCGCCUUCCUCGUGCUGCUCGGCUGCUACCUCAAGAUGUACUGCGCCAUCCGCGGCUCGCAGGCCUGGAACUCCAACGACUCGCGCAUCGCCAAGCGCAUGGCGCUGCUCGUCUUCACCGACUUCCUCUGCUGGUCGCCGAUCGCCUUCUUCGCGCUGACGGCCGCCUUCGGCGCGCAGCUCGUCUCGCUCGAGGAGGCGAAGGUGUUCACCGUGUUCGUGCUGCCGCUCAACUCCUGCUGCAACCCCUUCCUCUACGCCAUCCUCACCAAACAGUUUAAGAAGGACUGCGCGCUCGUGUGCAAGGCCAUCGAGGAGUCGCGCGUGACUCGCGGCAUCGGCCGCUGUCGGCACUCCUCCAACUUCAGCAACCGCCAGACUCCGGCCAACACCAACAGCCUGGCCGAGCGCUCCUCGCGCGGCCAACACGGCGCGCAGUGCGCCUGCCGACGUCUGCUGCCCGGCUCCGGCUCCGGCUCCGGCGCGGGGCCCGGCGUCGCCGCCGCGGAGGCCGGCGAGCCGGACGGGGCGCGGCGGGCGCCCGGCCCGGCCGGGGAGCGGCUGCUGCGCUGGCUGCGGGCGUGCGGACGUCGCGCGCCCCCCGCACCCCCCGCGCCGCGUCCCGCCGCCGCGCCCCCCGCCCGCACCGGCUCCGUUUCUUCGUCGGUGGAGUUUUCAUCGUCGCGCUCGGACUCGUGGCGGGCGUACGGCCGCGCGCCUCCGCCCCCGCGCCGCGCCGCCUCCUGGCUGGUGGCGCGCAAGACCUCGCAGGACUCCAAUCUGUCGUCGUCGCGAAACGAUUCGUCCGGAUCGAACGCGACCGCGUCGACGGGCACGUGGCGCACGUCGCGCUCGGCGGGCAGCGGGGCGGCGGGCGCGGUGGGCGCGGCGGGCGCGGGGGUCGCGGCGGGCGCAGGGGGCGCGCGGCCGAGACUGACGCGGCAGCCGGCGGUGUCGGCGGAGGAGCCGCCCUGCUCGCCGGCCGCGCUGCCAGCCCCGCGGCUGCUGCACACCAUCCCGUCGGCGGCGGAGACGGAGGCUGCGGGGGAGGCGGGGGAGGAGGGCGAGCCGCGCUGCGCCGUGUAG